CAAAAACCAAGACAGUUAUGGUACGCUCUCAAGUCUCUCGUAAACCCGCUUUGCACUACUCUAUCCCCUCUCUCCCUCCCCGUCCGCCGGCGGCAAGUAACGGUAACCUCCGGUGGCCUCGUCUGAGCACUGCAGAGGUGUCAGAGUGGCUGCGUUGUGGACGGAAACUCUCGUUAGUUCCGGUUUCGUUUGAAUUUCGUCCUCCGCACUGAAUUUAUUGGGCUGACAGGGCCGAGAUUUGGCAGCAGCGGUAGAAGGCUUUGGAGCAUGAGCCGUGGCUCCGAGCUCGCGUCAUGGUGACGGCCGUGUCGACAGCUCUGAGCCCUAAGGCAGCUCACCAGGGAGGUUCCCGCACUGCCGUUUCACGGUCGCUUCUGUUGCCCUCCGACUCCGACAAUGCCGCCGCUCCUCGCCGUCCCAAGGGCCGAGAGGUCAGCUCUCGUUACAUGUCUGCUCUCUCUUCGAAUUCCUUCUCGCCUUCCACGGUAAAACGGUCCGCGUCGCCCCUGAUUUCAAGAACAGCUGCUUCUCCAGCUGUUUCGACGCCGUCACCCCCAGCUCCUCCGGCGGCAAUGAAGCGCUCACAGUCCGUGCAGAGGAGGCCGGUGGCGACUCCUCGGCAGAAUCUGCUCGAUCUAAGAGCUGGCAGCGGCCUGAACGGCCGGGAGACUGCUGCGCAGAAGGUGUUGUUCACUUCUACGAGAAGCUUGACGGUGGCGUUCCAGGGACAGUCGUUCUCGCUUCAGGUCAGCAAAACGAAGCCAUCACCUGCUGCGACGGGCGUGAGGAGAGGGACCCCUGAGAGGAGAAAGCAGGCGGCGAACUAUGCCAGCAGCGGGGCGGAAUGUGCUGAUCGGAUCGGCAAAUUCGCCGGAUCUGUGAAUGUGGUUAGAGCCUUGAAUGAUACGAUGAUGAAGGUCAGCUUAACUUCAAACAGUCCGGAUUUAGCUAAGGCUGUGGAGGUCUGCUCCAACAGAAACCCGCUGAGAUCUGAUCUUCAGAGUGAAGCUUUCAUGGAUUCCGAUGGUGAGAGCGUGACCGGUUCUUCAGAUAAUACUCCGAAACUUAGUAAGAAGAAUGGUUUUGAGAAUCCGUUGUCUUCUCCAAAAGGAGCUUUAAACAGUAGGAGAUAUCAGUCUCCAGCUCAUAGGCCGGUUUGGCCUCCGUCCCCGAGUAAGUUGGCAACUCCCGCAGCAUCAACGCCGGCAAGGAGUGCGAGCAGCAUGCCUUCUAUACUGUGCUUUGCUGCUGAUUUGAGAAGCGGGAGGAUCGGAGAGAACAGAGUAGCCGACGCCCACGAGUUGCGGCUCUUGUACAACAGGCUCCUGCAAUGGCGGUUCGUUAAUGCUAGGGCCGAUUCGUCCCUCCGUGCCCAGGAAUUGGAUGCACUGAGGAGCCUCUUCAGUGCAAGGUUCAUUACCUCGAAAUUGCGCAACUCAGUCAAAGGUAAAAGGAUAGAGCUGCAAUGGCAACGGCAUAAUCUGAAGCUGGCCUCUAUUCUCCAUUGGCAAAUGGUGAGCUUGGAAGCUUGGGAAUCUAUGGACAAAGAUUAUUCUGAUUCUUUAUUUGGGGCUAUUGAAGCUCUCAAAGCUAGCACUCUUCGUCUACCAGUUGUUGCCGGGGCGAGGGCUGAAAUCCAAAAGGUGAAGGACGCUGUUUGUUCAGCUGCUGAUGUGAUGCAGGCAGUUCUGUCCUCUACCUAUUUAUUGUCAACAAAGGUUGAGGAAGUCAACUCUUUGGUGCUUGAGCUCCUGCAUGCUGCAGCAAAAGAGAGUGCUCUGCUGAAACAAUCGAGAGAUCUCUUAUCAACCGUUGCCACAAUGCAGGUCAUGGAAUGUAGCCUCAGGACUCACAUGGUACAGCUAAUGCCUCGGGCACUUUCAAACUUCACUGACACAAGCCUAGGAAUAGCGUCUGACUAGCUAGCUCGAUGGAAAACACUGAUGAUCUUAUACAAAGUUAUUUUCCUGCCGAUUCUUUCAAUUUGUUGCUGUAUGAAGUAGUCAAUGGUUUGGUUGUGGCUUGCAAGUUAGGGGUUUGUUUCUAGGAUUUGACAUCGUAGAAGGAAGUUAGAGUGCAUUGUUUGUUGUGUACAGAUUGAAGGGAGAAAACAUCGUCUCGACUUCGAAUUGGGUGACCUAGUUAGGAGAAUCCACCAUUUGUAUAACAGAAGCAAUAAGAAAGUUUAUGUAAUCAUGUAAAUAUGCAUGCGUGCUAGUGACUCUGAUUUGAAGAACAAAUCUCUCGGACCUCGCUUGCUCUCUUUAUGCUUCAA